CUCUUUCGAGCACUGAGGUCAGCAGCGUGUAUAGAGAAGUGGGCACCGAAAAUAGAGCGACGCUACGAGGUUCGGAACGGGCAUCAAUACUGUACAUAAGCCAACAGUACAUCGCGCAAUAUGACAUUAGUUUCUCGAACAACCUUGAUUCCAUGGCUAAAGACAGCUAAAGGGAACGAAAAUUUGUGGAAGGGGCAGAAGGCUCGCAACAGGAAGCGAUCGCGAGCCCUGGGUAAGGGAUCCCGGGAGCAGGGGAAAUGGAAGAAAAACGCGAAGGUGAACGCGAAGGUGAACGCGAAGGGCAAGCGAGAGGUGAACGCGAAGGGCAAGCGAAAGGUGGAGAAAGAGGAGAUAACUACCGAAACAGUCAAUGAGGAAGAAGAGGAGGGUCGGUAUAGACGGGCUGAUAGUCAGGAAAGUGUUGUGCACGAUGAUACUUUUUGCGGUUAUAGUGAAAACUCCGCGGAUCCCUUCAGGUAUGAACCGGGAGUUUGGAACGGACUAUUUAAGGGUUGAUUCAGGAUUUGACGGUAUUGAGUCAAUGGGCUUGAUACUCGGUCAGUAAUGCCCAUUUUGCACUGAGUGGUGAGCGAGGGGUUCUUUGAACGCGUUCAAAUGUUGUUCGACGCGUCUGGCGAAGUGUCUUUUUAUUGGUUGAACGCGAAGCGCACUUUAUCUGCUGCGGUGUCACA